UUCUACUUCCGCCAACUUGCCUCUGUGGUCUGUGCAGUUCAGUUCGUGUUAGUUCGCAACAUUUAAACAAUUUAAACGAGCAAAGGAGUGUUUCAGGUGGUACACUUGUACAGAAAGGUACUGGAACGCCAACAAAAAAUAAUCAGGUAGUAAGAAUUAUGUAUAAGGAGGACAGACAGCACUCUCCUCACUGACAGAAGAGAAGGGGUCGAAAGAAGUGAAGGAGAUGGAGCACGCACACAGCCUCCUUCUAAAUGAGGAGGUGUGCAGUCAGUUAAGUGAACAUCAGAGGGCGGAGUUUCUUUAUGAAUGGCUGAACCACUUGAAAAAGCUGCUGCUGGUCACUGACAGGGUCGACAUCAAACAGAACCAGCGGCGUCUGGUGGACCAGCUGUCUGGUAUUCUUACUGGGUCCCCGGGCCCACCUACCCGCUGGCUGCUGGCCCACUGCUUAUCUCUUCUGUACCGCCUGGGAGACCCCCUCCCUAGUAGCCUAUUGGUGGACAGGUGCAAUGACAUCAUCCGUAGCAAAGACGAUUCACCGUCAGGCCUCCCCACGAGACUGGCGGCUAUAGCCUGUAUUGGAACUUUGUUUGAGCAGCUCGGUAGGAUGCUGGUCGGCUGCUUCAGAGAAACUCUGACCAACCUGCUGAAGGCAAUGAAGAGUGCUGAGUCCCAGGGUCGAUAUGAGAUCAUGCUAAGUUUGGAGAAAAUCCUACGAGGUUUGUCCACUAAUGCUGUGCCGUGUCACCGUGACAUCUAUAAAGCUGCGAGAUCGUGCCUGACGGACCGAUCUAUGGCUGUGCGCUGUGCUGCCACCAAGUGUUUGUUGGAGUUGCAGCGGGAGGCAGAGUUCCUGUGGACCAGUGAGCUUGAAAAUGUAGCAACACUUUGCUUCAGGGCCUUUGAGGGCUCCAACUAUGACGUCAGAGUUUCUGUGGCUAAACUGCUGGGAACGCUGCUGGCUGCAGCCAUGGAGCCACGUCAGUCCACAGCCCCCAGGCCCGUGGGGCGUGGUCGCAGCUCUCUGGAGGAGGCGAUGGAUUUGUUGAUGGCAGGUUUUGUCCGAGGAGGAGCUGGUUUCCUCAGAGUCAGUGGAGACAUGCUGAAGGGAACGAGCUCUGUCAGUAAAGACAUUCGUAUCGGCAUCACUCUGUCCUGUGUGUUCAUGGUUUCCACCCUUGGAGGCUCCUGGUUGGAAGCGAACCUGUCGUCCUUCUUGUCCCUCCUGAUGGAGCUGGUUUCUCAAAGCAAAGCAACCCACACAUCAGGGGACGCAGCGGUGACACGCUGCUGCGUCUCAUUCAUCCUAAGGAGCACACUGGGCUCUCUGCUGGGGGAGAAGGCUCAGACCAACGCUGUCAAACAGCUCUGUGUCACUGUGGCCUCACAAACAGCCAGUGAUGGAGCAGGGACUGAUGGAGUUUCAGCCUCAGAUAUUUCAGCCAAUCAGCACAAGCUUGUCUGUUGCCUUCUGGAGGUUGGUGGACUAAUUCAGGGACUGGGCUCCACAGCCACGCCCCUACUCACUGACACCAGCAUAGCCAUGCUGGACACAAUAACCGCCGUCCUCCUCUACCCCUCUUCUCCUGCUGUUCUUGCUGCCGCCUGGUGCCUGCGCUGUAUCGCUACAGCAAUGCCUUCUUUAUGCUCACCAUUGCUGGACCACUGCUGCGAGCGCCUGGUAGCGCUGAAGUCGUCACCUGAGGCUGUGGUUGGAUAUGGAGCCGCCAUCACUGCCCUGGUGGCCUCAGUGCAGCACUGCCCUCUAGGAAUACCUCACACCAAGGGGAAGGCUGUUCUUGCUCUGGCUGAGGAGCUCCUCCGCUCGGCUUCUCAGAACAGUCGCAUCUCCCUGCAGAGGACUCAGGCUGGCUGGCUGCUCAUCUCUGCCCUCAUCACUCUGGGCCCUGCUGUUGUAGAGCUACACCUCCCACGCCUCCUGCUCCUGUGGCGCUGUGUGUUUCCUGCCUCCCUAAGAGAGCAGGAGAUGGAGCUGCGUCGGGGGGACUACUUCACAUGGCAGGUUACACUGGAGGGACGUUCUGGGGCGCUCUGUGCAAUGAAGAACCUGCUGCUGCACUGCAAGGAGCUUGUCACUGAUGACAUCAUCAGCCGUCUGCUCACACCAUUGGCCUGCGCUGUGACCCUGCUCACAAAGUUGCCUCUGGUCAGCUCUCAGAGCAAUUCUGUUCGUAGUUUCUCACUCAUCUACAGACUGAGGGUGUAUGAGCUACUCACCCUGCUGCCUCCACAGACUUAUCAGGAAAGUUUUGGUCUGGUAAUGAACCAGCUUGUGUCUGAUCUGUGUGGUCAUGACAACCUGAACCAGACAUGUUCAGAGUUGACUUUGCUGCCCCCUCUCUGUCACCACAAUGACCUGCCACUCGUUGGCCCCGCCCUUCUCGACACUGACCACAGAUUUGUAGAGAAACAGCUGAGUGGCAGCAGCGUGGGUGGGACCUCUCUGGACAACGACCCCUUCUGUCUGUGUGAGAGGAGUGAUGAUGCUCCUCCUGCUCCACUGCCUCCUCCAGUUGAGCUGACUGCUGCUGCUGUUCAUCUGUUUGGAGUUGUCUUCCCUCAUAUCAUCUCUGCUCAGAGAGUGAAGAUAUUAGAGCAGUUUGUUGACACUGUGAACAAACUAAAGGGUCAACGGCAGCAGUCUGUCCAAACCCAUGUCUGUGCUGCCCUCUGCAGUCUGCUUAAGCACCAGGGCAGCACACGGGCCAGUCUGGGGCCUGAGGAGAUGCGUGCUCCAGCUUUAGCCCUACUGACAGGGGCGCUAGAGAGCUCCAGUCCUUUGCUGCGCUGUCUGGCAGCUGAAGGAUUGGCUCGUUUGGUGCAGGUGGUGGGAGAACCGGGCUUUACUGUCUCGGCUUCUCUGCUCUGCUUUGACAAGUUAAAGAAUGUUCGAGAUGCAGCAUCUCGUAGUGGUUAUGCUCUGGCUCUGGGGGCACUGCACCGUUACAGCGGAGGAAUCAGCUCAGCUCAACAAAUGUCCACUUCUCUGGGAGUCCUGUUCACCCUGAGCCAGGACAGCACCUCACCUGAAGUCCAGACCUGGUCUCUCCACAGUCUUUCCCUGGUCAUGGACCUGUCCGGUGGCCUUUAUCAGGCUCAUGCUGAGCCCUCUUUCACUCUGGUGCUGAGGCAGCUUCUUUCUGCUCCACCGACACAUCCUGAAGUCCACAACAGCCUGGGCCGCUGCCUGCAUGCCCUCAUCACCUGUCUGGGUCCAGAUCUGCAGGAUGAAGGUGCAGCCAUGUCCGCUCUUCGCUCCAGCUGUCUGGUGGCCUGCGGAGUCAUGCAGGCCAGUCAAGACUGUCUGGUCCAGGCCAGAGCCAUUGCCUGUCUGCAGCAGCUGCACAUGUUCUCGCCUGUGCAUGUCAACCUGGCCGACCUCGUCCCUGGUCUCUGCGAGAUCUUGUUGGAUUAUUCCAUGUUGGCUAACCUGUGCAGCUCGUACCUGUGCCUCCGCCGGGCAGUGGUGGCGUGUCUGCGGCAGCUCGUCCAGCGGGAGGCGCUGGAGGUUUCUGAACAUGCUGUGACUCUAGUCAAGGAGUUGCCAAGACGAGACAACACUCAGCUGGACGUCACUAUAAAGGAAGUAGGUCUGAAGGGAGCACUUUUCUGCCUGUUGGACCGAGAGUCAGAUCCAGGUCUGAGAAAGGACAUCCAGGAGACGCUGGUCCACAUGAUGACAUCCAGUACCACCAGUGGUAAACUUGGACACUGGCUUAAACUCUGCAAAGAUGUCCUGUCUGCAACAACAGACUGUUCCUCACCAGCAGGGACACUUCAGCUGGAGGAGGAGGUGGAGUCCGGCAGAGAUGAUGACUCCUCAGUGUUUAGAGCUCACUCAGAGUCUGGGGGCCCGUUUACGGCUCUGCGCUGGUCCACGCGAUGCUUUGCCAUGGAGUGUGUUUGUCGUAUUAUUGCGCAGUGUGAAACUGCUGACUCGGCUCAUUUUGACAUGACUCUGGCUCAAGAGAGACGACUGCAGGAGUCUACAGACUUCCUGGUUCUCCAUCUUGGUGACUUGGUUCGCAUGGCCUUCAUGGCAGCCACAGAUCACAGUGACCAGCUGAGACUGGCAGGUCUGCAGACCUUGCUGGUGAUCAUCAGGAGGUUUUCCACCAUCCCAGAACCAGAGUUCCCUGGUCAUGUGAUCUUGGAGCAGUACCAGGCCAAUGUCGGUGCUGCUCUCAGACCAGCCUUCUCUGCUGAUGCCACUCCUGAUGUCACGGCUAAAGCCUGUCAAGUCUGCAGCGCCUGGAUUGCUAGUGGCGUUGUCAGCGACCUCCGUGACCUGCGUCGUGUCCAUCAGCUUCUGGCCUCCUCAUUGGUUAAAGUCCAGGCUGGCAGAGACCUGUUCACUCAACUGUACAGUGAAGCUACAGCAACAAUGGAAACACUGGCAGUUCUGAAGGCCUGGGCUGAAGUUUACAUUGUAGCUGUUGAGAGGAGCAGACAGAUCAACAUCUCUGAAAGGAUGGACGACCUGUCGGUGUCCUCCCAAGCCAAUGACUGUUCAAUCAGUGGGUCCGAAGGGGCGGGGCUGCUGAAGCUGGUCCAGUCAGAUCUGACAACCCUGAGUCGUCUGUGGUUGGCGGCGCUGCAGGACUCGACCCUGCUGACGCUGCCUCAGGAAUACACAGCACAGCUGCCUGCAGCAGGAGGCUCAUUCUACACAGUAGAGUCGGUGAACCAGGUCAGAGCUCAUUACUCCUCCUCCUGGGCUCCCAUCCUCCAUGCCACCUCCCUCUGGCUGCACAGUACAGGUUUUGUGAUGUUAGACGAUUCACCUGCAACUCUGUCCAGACCAGCUACGCCCACAACUAUGGGGCACACAGACUCCAGGGGUAAAGUCAAGAGUCAAGAAGACGUGAGCAGUGAGAGACUGAACCUGAUCCUGGGGAUCAGUGUGGAGUUCCUUUGCUCCCCACACUCUGAGAACCAAAUGGAGAACAUCACGUCCUGUCUCAGAGCUCUGCAGGCACUGUUUGAUGUCCCUUGGCCCCGUGCUAAGAUUGGAAAUGAUCAGGCUCUUAGCGUGGAGCUGCUCAGCGUUCUGCACAGACUCAUGGUGACUCGGGAGGCGGUGUCUGUUCAGCUCCCUGUCCUGGAUUUGCUGCGUCAGAUUGUGACGGCAGCUCAGGAGCAUGUCAGGGAGAAACGCCACAGUGCUGAAGUUGACGACGGUGCUGCAGAGAAGGAGACGCUGCCAGAGUUUGGGGAGGGACGGGACACUGGGGGUUUGAUUCCUGGACGCUCGCUGGUAUUUGGAGCUCUUGAACUCUGCCUCUGCGUUCUGAUCCGGAAACUGCCACAGCUCAGUCCCAAACUAGCCGGAACCAGUCAAAGUGGUCCUGCAGGUUCAGUGUGGAGUCUCAGUGACACUGACUGUCAGCAGGUGGCGUCUGCGCUGGGCGUCCUGUCUGAGCUGCCGUCCAUCUGCUCACCAGAGGGCAGUGUUUCCAUCCUCCCUACUGUCCUCUACCUGUUGCUUGGUGUCCUCAAAGAGGUUGUCCACCAGCCCAGCACACACACUGGGCCAGGGGAUACAGCUGGUCUAGGUCUGGUGGAACAAGCAGUUCUUCAGGCUCUGAAGUUGGUGCUGACAUCACCAAUGAGUCGACAGGAGAAGAGUGGAGGAGCCUGGAGGAUGCUGCUGAGAUCAGCCCUGAACACACUGCUGCAUCUGUGGGAGGCUGGUGACAGUGUCGUGGAUCACAGAUGCCUCCUCACGGCCCUCACCGUCUUCCUGCUCUCUGCUGGUCCUGACGUUUGCAUCGUAGAACCUCUGCUCUCACUCAGUCUGCAGCACUUCAGAGCCAGCAUGGAGGCCAAAGACCCACGGGUUCGGAGUCUCUGUUUUCAGCUGCUGACCUCGAUAUUCCAGGCCCAGUCAGCAGUGGCCGUGCCGUACAUCCAGGCCCUUGGCCCAACGUUGUUUCAUUUCCUGCAGAAGGUGGAGAAACAUCGUCCUCAGACUCAGGAGGAUCUUGUGGGAGUCCUGGAGGGAGUCCAGGCUUUGGAGGCCCUGGUCCAGGCUGCAGAUGAGCCUCAGCGUCCUCAGCUGUUGACUAUUCUACUACCACUCCUCAUCUCCUUCUUGCUGGAUGAAAACGCUCUGGGCUCAGCCCCGGCAGCUUCACGCUCCCUCCACCAGGCUGCGCUCAAGGACUUGAUGCGUCUCGGUCCUCAGUACCCCACUGCCUUUAGGUCUCUCAUGACGUCGUCUCCUCACCUCAAGUCCCGUCUGGAAGCUGCCGUCAGAGGAAACCAGGAGAGCGUGAAGGCUAAUGCUAACACAAAUCCUCGCAGUACUGCCAAGGCAUCGCCCAGCAUCAAACUGAAAACAAACUUCCUGUGAGCUGCUGCUGCUUUAGCUUCAGAAAGCAAUUCCUUUAAAAGGCAACCUAGAUUCCCUCUUAUCCAAGUUUUCCAGUCACUUUUGACAUGAGUUCUUGGACUUUAGCUCAUGUUCAUGAAGCAUCAGCUGUUAGUUUUACUUUAACUCCUAAUAGCAAGUGAGACUCUCGUUUUUUUAUUGAUCUAUUAUAGACUUGAACUAAACUAACUUUUGCAAAAACAAUACAACAAUCACUUUGAUUCUCAGCUAAUCAAUAGAUCAAUCAGUGAGUGAUGGUACAGUGCUGAAUACACUCUUUAAUAAUAGCCUCAUUCCACCUGUCAUUACAGGUACAGUGAAAGGGGAUUAAAACUUGUCUAUUGUAAAUAAAGUACAGGCACAACAUCCACAAAGACUGCUCUGUGAGCGCCCCCUGCUGCUAGAAUCAAGUUGACUGACUGAAGAGGUCCAUAGAGAAAAUCUGCCAUUUUACAUCAUUACACACAGGAGUGGUUGAUACUCUGUUGUCUGCAUUCAUAUGUGUAAACUUGUUGUUUUCUAAUGAAAAUGUUUACAAUUCACUUCAGUUACACAAACUGACCACAUGAGGCAGCAGCAGACCAACCUGUUCCUGUGUUUGCUUGAGGUUCAGUUGUUGUUUUUCUGGAGUUUGGGAGAGUAAUGUGUUUUUCAAAUUUCCUUUUGAAAGGGUGUCAGAUAUGUUGUAGAUAGAAAAGGUGAGCCAACACUUUACAAAAACCUUUACCUUAAUUGUCAUUUGCCUUGACACAGUCCAUGUGACGACACAAUCAGUUCAAGAUGCUGACAUGUCCUGAGCAUCAACCUAGCAUCCUCAAAACAUUUUGCACAAAACAUGUUUUUGACCUUUACAUCAGAUGUUUAUCCAGUUUACCUCUGUUUAUUUUCCCCAGCGGUGUAUAUUGUAUGAUAAUUAUAACCAUUUUGGCUGCUCGAUACUGAUAGGGCACCACAGUCAACAUAUGAGAGACACUAACGUAUAUCUUUUUAGAGAUGUCUUUAAGUUUAGUAAUGUUUAAUGUCAGCAAUUACAAACAUCACAGAUGUUUGUAUAAAUGUAGAACACCUAAGAAAGACAGCUGUAAGCCUUAAUGUUUGUUUUAUAUAUUAACUUCAGGUAGGGAAUGUGGACAAACGGCUGUUUUAGUCUGUGAAGAGUGUUACAGAUUCCUCCAAUGCUUGAAAAAGAUAUAACUACAUGCACUAUCUCUUAGUUACAAAGUACCAAAAAACACUAAUGAUGAGAAAGCAAUAAUCUGUGUGUCUGUACAUGUGUGAAUAAUGUCACAUGGUUUCUAACUUCAAUAAGGAAAUAAAGAUAUUUCUCAACGUCAA